CACCAUUCUGCUCGCCACCCGCCAUUACAUUAUCCCAACCCUUCUCCACUCUUUCUUUCUCCGCCUUCUUUUUCCACCUCUCAGGAACAAUUACUCUACUUGUCUCUCAUCCUCCUCCUCUUCUUCUCUUUGCUUCCUAUUUUCUUCGCGUUCUUGUUUAUGUCAUGGAAUCAUCUCUGGGCUUCCUAGGCGGCGGGGGUGGUGGUGGGGGGACGGGGUUGUCGUGUGAGCAGACGUCGAAGGUUGGAAAAGACUACAUGGGCAUGUCAAAAGAAGCUGGACUUGAGUUGGGGCUGGGGCUGAGUCUUGGAAAUAGCGGUGGCGGCGGCGGCGGGGGGGGGGGGGGGGGGGAGGGGAAGGGUUCUGCAUGGGGCGAGUAUGGGAGGAUAUUGACUGCAAAGGACUUUCCUAAUGGAUUUUCGUCUGGUAGAACUGGCAAUGGUGGUGACGCUGCUGAUUGUGUUGAUGAGGGAUCUGCUUCUGCUGCUGUCAGUCAGGUUGUGGGAUGGCCUCCUAUAAGGGCUUACAGGAUGAACACCUUGUGUAAUCAAUCAAAGAUUACUGCAAAUGCUGAUCAACAAGACAAAGGAGUUUGCGGGGACGAAAACAACGAGAACUCCAAGAAGAAAAUCAACCACGGUAACGACGAACGAGGCCAUCUUGGAUUUGUGAAGGUGAAUAUGGAUGGCUUGCCGAUUGGACGGAAGGUGGAUUUGAAUGCUCAUAAGAGCUAUGAAACUCUAGCAAAAACGUUGGAGGAGAUGUUCUUCAAGCCAUCCCUAACGACCCGUGGAGGAAAGGAGCAACCGAUACAACCUCCGAAGCUUUUGGAUGGAUCAUCCGAGUUUGUGCUCACGUACGAGGAUAAAGAAGGCGACUGGAUGCUCGUUGGAGAUGUUCCGUGGGGGAUGUUUCUGAACACGGUGAAACGACUCAGAAUCAUGAGAACAUCCGAGGCUAAUGGGCUCGCUCCAAAGUUCCAAGAAAAGAGUGAAAAGCAAAAGGGCAAACCAAUAUAAAGUUUAUAGAGCACGGCAGGAGGAACGACAUGCACCAACUGCUUGAAACGGAAACAAAAUCAUGCAUAUGGACGUUCGAGGCAGCCGGCCUUUUUCGUCUACGUUUUCUCAAAACUUUUCUUCGUUUGGAUUUUCAGGGUUGCAUUUAUAGUCAGCAUGCACCCGCCUUUCGACACACGUUUUACUUUUAUUUUGUAAGCCGUAUAUUCAAAUUUAGUAGAAUUUGUUGAACUCUUGUUGUUAAGGUACACCUUCACUGGAUAUGUUACUUCUCAUUAUUAUGUAUAUAUGAGAAUGCAUCGUGUGAGCGAGUCUCCAUCCUUAAGAACUA